UACCUCAUUUUCAUUAGAACUUCCCAUAACGUAAAAGAACAAUUCCACGUUGCUUUUGUAAACGCAAGUGAGCCCAUCCAGCAUGAUGAUUUCGCCGUCUGCUCUGUGAGUCUUAUUGAAAAGAUUCUUCUCGAAGGCCUUUUGCUCUUUGGCUGUUGGAAAGACGUUUUUGUCGUAAUAUUUGGCCAGAAUUCUGCUACCAUCCAGGUCCAAAAUAGCGAUACCCUUCACAGUGUAAAGCAUUGGUUCCUGUUAAAUUUGUUAUUUGAAUGCUGAGACAGAGGUAUUUUGUUCGAUAUUUACCAAAAGUGAGCCUUCCAUUUUAGAAUUUUAGGUAAUUUUUUUUUCAAAACAGAGAAUUGAAAUAAUUUGAAACGUACACAAAACGAACGUCACUGAUUACUUGUCAAAGUCAAAAUCAAAACAACCGUGAAGUUUGUCCUGUUAUGUAGCAAAAGCCAUGAUGUAUUUAGUAGAAAAAAAAAAAACGAUUAUUUUUGAAAAUGGCUUCCAAACGGAAAUUUACCAAUGGAAUUUUUUGCAGGACUAAAUAAAAAGAAACCAAAUACUCUAUCAAUUGCCUUAUUUUUAUCAAAUUCUCGUUUAAUUUCAAAUUUUAAAUCAGCUGAUUAAUGUCAACAAAUAUGUCGGUAAGUUAGGAAACUUUAGAUUCAAAUUUCAUUUCCAACCAAUCAAACGAAAGGAUUAUCUCUCUGUCCUUCUCUUCCUGUACCUUCCUUUUCAAAAUCCUUCUUGUCAUAUUUGUGCAUCCGUAAAAAGCUCGGUUAUACACAGAAUUCAGGCACAACUACAAAAUGCCAGAAUUAACCGAAGUCGAUAAAACUGUUCCUGUCGAGGCCAAGCCUGAAAAACCAGAACAAAGUGCAGAAUCUUCCACGGACAGUGACUCUGAUGAGGAAAUUCCUGAGCUCGAAGAUGCAGGCUCAUCAAAUGCCGGAGCUGCAGCAUUUCCGGGAGCCUCCACUGUUGGACUUCCCGACAUGGUAUCAAAAGCCAAACAAUCCAGAGGCGAAAAGAAAGCCAGAAAAAUUAUGUCAAAAUUAGGCCUUAAACCUGUUCAAGGAGUGAGCCGAGUUACAAUCCGUAAAUCAAAAAACAUCCUCUUUGUCAUCAACAAACCAGACGUCUACAAAAACCCCGUCAGUGACACCUACAUUGUGUUUGGUGAAGCUAAAAUUGAAGAUCUUUCUCAACAAGCUCAAGUGGCUGCAGCUGAGAAAUUCAAGGAAGUUAAUCCUGCUGGAGAUGGUGCUGCCGGUACUACCACUACAGUGGUAGCUCCAAUUGCAGAAGAAUCUGAUGAAGAUGAAGAUGUUGAUGAGAGUGGUGUUGAAGAGAAGGAUGUUGAGCUUGUAAUGUCUCAAGCUAAUGUCAGUAGGCCAAAAGCUGUGAAAGCGCUGAAGAAUAACCAGAAUGAUAUAGUGAACGCGAUUAUGGAGCUGACAAUGUGAAACGAUUGAUUUUAUUCACUUAUUUUUUAAUUUUAGUUAAGAUUGAAGGAAAUGAGACUUUUUAGGUGAUGUAUAUAAAAAAAUGAUAAGAAUAAAAUAGAAAUUAUUCAUUGCCUAAACUUAUAUUUUGGCUUUUAUUUUGAUAAAAAUAUUAAUUAUUUAGGCUAAAUCACAUUGUAUAUUAAAAUAAUAAUAAUAAAAACAAAAUUAUACAAUGCUGGUGAAUGUCAUAUUGCUCGAGGGAAAUAUUCUUCUUAUUUUAAGUGAAAUAUAGGAGCCCAAUCUUUUAAAAUAUUCCAAACCCUACAAACAUUUCAAAUUAUUUCUUGAAUCUCAAACAAAAAUAAACAGUUUCUAC